AUGGGCAUCAUCAACCGGGUAGAGGAAAAAAACACGUCGUCGUCGGUCUCGCACACAAAGGAGCAGUCCGUCUCCAACACGAACACGACGCCGCGCUCGACGCAGGCGUGCUCGCUGCCGCCGCCGCCGCGCCCCCGUCCCCCUCUCCCCGGUGCCCGUCCUCUUUCCACCGUCGCCGAAUCCGGACGAGACCGGCAGGAUCCGCCGCAUCUCACGCCCGCGGCCCGCCGUGGCUUUCGGCAGCAUCGGGGGCGCCGGUCCGCCCCCGCUCCUCCGGGGCUGGCAGAACGGCGGAGCGGCGCUCUGGUCAGGUUCCUCUGCUUCGAGGGCGGCGCGUGGGCUGAUGUCGAGGGCGAGGAGGUUGUGCCUCUGCGCCGGGCGUUCCUGGACGGGAGGGUGGUCGCAGAGGCCGCGUAUGGCGGCAGGGAGUUCCUGUUCGACUUCCUGUGGAUGGUGCGCAUCGACGCUGGCACCGCCAAGGUGGUCGCCUUGGGCUGGAUUGACCGCCGGGCCUGCUUCUUCCCUGUGCCAGAAAGCGGGAGGAAGAGGAAGAGGGGCGAGCAUCAGCUGGGGGACGGGGCUUCGUCCAAGGUGGAUGAGAGGUCCGACGAGAGCAGCGACAUGGUGGAGUCCUCAAUCCAGCCUAAUCUCCUGCCACUCUCAAGCACUCCCCGUGCAGCAGGCCUGAUGUGUAGGCUGCCAUGGCAAGGCUACAUCCAUGCAUUUGAGAGCGGGAUGAAGAGGAAGAGAGACGAGCCUGAGCUGGAGUACGGGGCCUCGUCCGGGGUGGAUGAGAGGUCCAACGAGAGCAGCGACAAGAUGCAGGGCCAGCUCCUAGCCGCUGCGCCCGGCGCCGAUGGGGGCAAUGCCAAGUUCGCGUGGUAUGGCGCUCCAUCGGUGGAUGUGGCCGCGGCGGCGGUGGAGCACGGGUUCGGCAGGAUGAACAACCGGGUCCUUUUCCAUCGCGCGCACGGCGACGACGUCCACCUCUCACCGCCUCGGUCUCCUUAUGCCAGCGCAAUGCUAGCAAAUGCAGAUGAGAACGGCGAGGCGCAUAUCAUGUUGUGCCGUGUUCUGUUGGGCCGGCCAGAGGCCAUCCCGGCCGGGUCCUCCAAGCUCCACCCCAGCAGUGACAAUUACGACAGUGCCAUCGACAACAUGCAGAACCCACAGUGGUAUGUUGUUUGGGGCAAGGACAUGAACAUGAGGAUCCUCCCAGAGUACGUCGUCAGCUUCAAGUGUCCCAACCUCCAUCAGAUGCAAGGAUCAUCGGGAGCGAACUCCACGCUAAAGAAGCCUUCGCCGGUGGCUCAUGACAUGUUUCCGACGCUUCUAGCAGAGAUCCAGUGGUUCAUGCCAUCUUCCAAGCUGCAGACAUUGCAGGGGACCUACAAUUGCUUCAAGCCAGCUGCAAUGAAGUCCUCCAUAGAGAAGGGUUUGCAGAAAAUGAUCUUGGCAUCCCAGAUAAGCAGGUCGGGGUCAAAGCCGGUGCCCGGGGGAUUUCAAUGGAUCACCAACACGAGAAACUGAAAUGGCAGGACCAGAAAAGAUGGUCCCAGAUCUCACUGCAGCCGGAUGUGCAAGAAUACAUCAAUGAUAAUCUGUGAGACUGUGACACUGGAAUUUUGUUGAUGGAGCAUUACCUCUGCUAUUUAGCUUCUAGAGUACAAUGACUUGUAUGUCCAACUAUAACAGCUAGCAGCAUGGUUUAUCCCCUUCUGGUUGUACAAUUUCUCUAGAGUGAUGGCAUA